AACUCUAUAACCAAGGAACAUCUAGUGGUUGAAAAUCCGACUACUUGAAAAAUUUAGUCAUCGUUAAUUGCCAUGUGAUAUGGAAGUGAGUGCGUUUACAUACGUUUGUUACGUCCCCUAAAUUUUGUAUUUCAAAGAAUACUUUUAGCAAAAAAUUAACAUUGACCUUGUCAUCUGAGAAAGUUAGCAACCAGAUGAUUUUGGGCAAGCUAUGACUGCCACUCGUCAUCAUCCUAUUAUCCAGUGAGAGGAUUCACAUUCGGUUUGCCACUGUGUACUAGGCAUAGUACUUUCAUUGCUAUCAAGAUCAUGACCCUAAACACACAAGGGAUGCUGACACUUUUACCAUUAUUUUUCAUCCGUUGAUUGCAGCAUAGUCAUAUGUGUUGGGAAACAUCCACGUUUCCAUCAUCAAACAGUCAAAUAUUCCAUAACCAAACGUCAUCAAACAUCUACCAAUCCAUCACGUUUCCAGAAGCCGGGUCCUCACCAUUACUAAGCCAGCUAUAAACCUGCAUAGGCUUUGAGACUAUAUCUACCAAUUGGUAUUUUAAGUUUCCGUGUUGUGGAGCAUUGAUGUUCUGUAACAUAAAAUCCUGUGAUAGGACUGCAAAUAUUAAUCUUCCAUCUGUGAAACACUGCUGUUCUGAAAAUUUCUGCAGUUUCGCCCCAGGAUCACAUGCAACUAUAUUUCUUGAUCUUCCGGCUGUUUUUGUCUUCACCUCAUCGCUGUCUUCUUUGACGUCUUUGCCUCAUCGCCGUCUUCAUCUACGCUGUCGCCUUCGCCUCAUCGCCGUCUUCAUCUACGCUGUCGCCUUCGCCUCAUCGCCGUCUUCAUCUACGCUGUCGCCUUCGCCUCAUCGCCGUCUUCAUCAACGCUGUCGCCUUCGCAUCAUCGCCGUCUUCAUCUACGCUGUUGCCUUCGCCUCAUCGCAGUCUUCGUCCCAUUGCCAUCUACGAUCCAUGUAUCCAAAAAAUCCAUGGCCUAGUAACGCGGAAAAGAGGACCGAAAAGAGUGCUUCUCAGCAGACAGCCUACGGCGAUGGAGAGAGGUCACCAUGGAACGUCGCUUUGGUAUUGUUUUGAUUUGCAUUGUAGUGUGUAAGUUAACCCGUUGGCUGCCACCCCGUUUGCGUCCCAUUUUUUUUUUAGCUUGUAGGGACUGGGCGCUGUUCUGCCCCUGGUCUAUGCCAUGGGGGGAACAGUCGCCGCGCCUAAAGGCUUUCUGCCUUUAGGCGCCGUAGGCAAUGCACCAGUAGGGACUUCUCUUUGUCGGUGCGGUGAUAGAUUCCUGGGGUGUGCAUUCCCGGAAUGGUUUCUAUCACCGUGCCAGCCCGGACUUGUCUUCGGACAAGUCCCACCUUUUUCGCGAUCCUUCUGACGUGAUGCGUAGCAACUGUAGUUUAAGCAACCUACGGGUUGCAUGGCCUGGCAGCCAACGGGUUAACUUAGUAUAAGUGUAUGUAUAUUUGUGUAUGUGUUAACAUGUAUUUUAAUUUGUAUGAUGUGUUAUGUAAA